ACAUACCGGGGAUAGACGGUCGCAGACUCGAGCAAGACUUCGCGGACUUCGAAAUGCGUGUGGGGCAGCUAGCUAGACUCGUGACCGUUAACCAGGCUACUUGUGAAGGCUUCGAAGCUUGACGUGGACGUACAGUACCAGUGUGCACCAUACCAAAUUGGUCCAAUUGAAAUCACCUACACUCGGAACAAGCAUGCUCUAUGCUGGGAGAGUAAUGACUAUACAGCUGUCGCAACAAUCGCGCAGACUCUUCUCAACACGGGCGCCGGAGGCUUUCCUCGAACCUCUCCAGUCUCACCUCGGUAUAGCAUGUCUGUCCUUCAACAGACCACAGGCAAAGAAUGCUAUAUCAAUGAAACUACUUCAUGAAUUUCGCGAAUGUUUAGAAACCGCCAAGUACGACAAGAGCAUCCGAGCGCUGAUAAUACGUUCCACUACCAUGGGUUCCUUCUGCGCAGGCGCCGACCUUGCUGAGAGACGUACUAUGUCUCAAAUUCAAGUUGCGAAAUUCCUUUCUGACUUGCGGGCCGCACUUGGUCAAUUGGAAACCUUGCCUAUGCCAACAAUUGCUGCAAUAGACGGUCCUGCAUUAGGGGGAGGGUUAGAACUGAGUUUUGCCUGUGACUUGCGUGUGGCUGGACAUGGUGUGACAAAGAUAGGUCUUCCCGAGACGCGCCUCGGAAUUAUACCUGGAGCGGGCGGUACUCAACGUGCUGUCAGAUUACUGGGCGUAUCGAAAGCAAAGGCCCUGAUUUUUACAGCUAGGAUGCUGACAGCCCAAGAGGCACUUGAAUGGGGUGUAGUAGAUUAUGUAUCAUCUCCCUCUGCAUCGGCCUUCGAAAGGGCAGUGGAAUUGGCUCAGGAAAUAACUAAAAGCGCCCCAUUAGCGCUUCGAGCUGCAAAGCAAGCAAUUUCACGUGCAGCUGACCUCUCUUUGGAAUCAGGUCUUGACUUAGAGAGAGCAUCAUAUGAAGUUCUUCUACCCACGAAAGAUCGGUUGGAGGCUUUAGAGGCAUUCAAGGAAAAACGACAACCUGUUUUUAAAGGGGAAUAGUCUUCUACCUCUGAUUUGGAGUAUGCUGUCAUAGUACAACGAAUCAAGACAGGGUCACGCAUAAUGUUCGCGCACCCAUCAUCUAUACAUCUACCGCGCCUCCGUUUUCAUUAUCGGCGGCCACGAUACUCCCCUAUUUCAUAACGCCUGGGGUAGAGUUUCUGUAUCUUGGGAAGUUUUUCGACAUCCUUGCUGGCGCGUCACUAUGUGGCCAUACUGCUACCGUCACAACGUCUUCCCACCGGCCUCCGCUGCCGCGGAUGUUGCGGGAUUGUAGUCGGCGUUCUGAUGCUGGCACAGGUGGUUCGCUGAUCUACUGGGUAUUCCAUUUUCUUGAGGAUGUCUUUGAACGAUCGUCCAGGACAAGGCAAAGCAAAUCACCCGAAUACUACUCGUAUUCCUAUGUUGGCGAAGAAACAUCUUUGGUAUCACUGACGGGUAGCUCUCAUAUUGGUUACCCUUACCAUCACUUGUUCA